CAAUACUUUCUAACAUGGGGUUGCUGUCACUACUACUCUUUCUUGGCACACUUGUAGUAGCCACCAAUGGAUCACCAGAAGUGGAAGUUGUCCACCAAAUUCACCCUCUCCGGCCACAGUGCGGCUCUGCUGGGACCCAUGUUCAUGGCUUGUCGUGCCUGAGCUGGCGAUUCGGUGUCGAAGCUCACAACAUUAUUGACUGGAAAACAGUGCCACGAUCAUGCAAAAAAUACAUUGGACACUACAUGCUCGGCAAACAGUACCGGAAAGAUUCAAAGGCUGUUGUAGACCAGGCUUUGAGCUAUGCCCAGAGCCUCAAGCUUGCUGGUGACGGCAAGGAUGUAUGGGUCUUUGACAUAGAUGAGACCACUCUCUCUAAUCUACCUUACUAUGCUCACCAUGGGUUUGGGGUAGAGCUAUACAAUGCAACACGUUUCAGCAAAUGGGUGAAUGAGGGAAAAGCACUAGCAUUGCCAGAGAGUCUGAGACUAUACAAAAAGCUACUGUCUCUUAAGUUUAGGAUUGUCUUCCUAACUGGAAGACCAGAGAGCCAAGGAAAUGUCACUGCAAUCAACUUGAAGAAAGUUGGAUACCAUACGUUUGAGAAGCUCUUAUUGAAAGGAUCCGCAUAUACAGGGACAGCAGUGACAUAUAAAUCAAGUCAAAGGAAGAAGCUAGAGAAUGAAGGAUACAGAGUUCUUGGAAACAUGGGUGAUCAAUGGAGUGACAUCUUGGGAACCCAUAUUGGCAAUCGGACUUUCAAGCUACCCGACCCCAUGUAUUACAUUAGUUGAAUUCCUUCCUAUUAAUGAGUUGAAUAUGGUUUUAAUUUAAUAAAAUCAAAGCUCUACUUUUGUUAAUCCAGUCUUAUUCUCACGUUGAAAAUAAACACCCCAAUAAGUGAUUAGGCUUCACGGACUCAAUUACUCUCCAGUGUGGGUCUUGAGUUUUAUAUAAUUUU